AUGAAUAUCAAAUCUAUAUCAUCGAUGUUCUUUGGUGAAGAUACUUGCUUUAAAGUAUAUGGAUAUAGCUCUUGUCCUUACUAUCAGAAAGCAGUAAAGUUGGGUGAAGUAAUUUCAGAUAAGAAUAACAACAUUAAAGUAGAGACUGUACAGAUUGACAGAGAUCAAUGGCCAGAGUUAAUGAAUAAUCUCACUCAGCAACACGGAGGUAAAGCUAUCUAUCACAAGACAUGCCCUAUUGUAGAGGAGGGUUGUAGUGAAGAAGCUAAACAAUUUGUCGGUGGAUACUCUGAUUUUCUAAAUGAAUCAAGAAAAAGAAAAUAUAAAAGAUAA